GAGUGGCCUAUGUACGAAUAGAUACCGGUUAGGGGAGGGUGGGUGCGUAUUUGGGUAAGGAAAAUCUCAAGUGUGCUGUACAGUGCAUCUGUGUUUUUUUUGGCGAACGUGACACAUUUGUGCAUUUUGGAAGCUGAGUGUACAACGAGAGAAGAUAAUAAUAAAAGCGUUUGGGCAAGUGAAGGUAAAGAAAAUGGCUGACACUGAGAAUAUUGAAGUGACUGUGAAGACUUUGGACUCUCAGAGCAGGACUUACACAGUGAAUUCAGAGGUCACUGUUAAGGAAUUUAAGGAACAUAUUUCUGGAUCAGUGGGCAUCUCUGCAGAGAAACAGAGACUCAUAUACCAGGGACGUGUACUUCAAGAUGAUAAGAAACUUAAGGAGUAUAAUGUACAUGGUAAAGUCAUCCACUUGGUGGAGCGUGCACCCCCCCAGACUCUGCCUCAGACAGGAGGAACUUCAGAGGCUAGGACAUCAGCAUCGCAGAGUGGAGGAACACGUGCAUCUGGAACAACGGCUCAUGAUGGAAAUGCCAACAGUUAUGUAAUGGUGGGGACAUUCAACUUGCCUCUUAAUAUAAUGGACCCUCAGCAAAUACAGCAGUCAGUUCAGCAGGUGAUGACGAACCUAGGAGAGACAGGUCGUAAUGCUCGUGUGACUACAACCACUGGGAGUGACGGAUCGUCUGUCGAUGUGCACAUUAACAUGGAACAGACACCUGUCCAGAGUGAGCCCCGUGUCCGUUUGGUACUGGCACAGCACAUGUUAAGAGAUAUCCAAGGAAUCCUUAGUCGACUUGAGGGACAGACCAAUGGACAGCAGCAGGAAAAUUCAGAGAGUUCUCAGAGUCCUACAGCUAGUUCUUCAUCGGCAACAGAGGCAGAAGGAGGUGAAAGUAUGGAUGUGUCGCAUCCAGCUACUCAACCAGCUAUUGCCAUUACUGCUAGCAUUACAUCAUCUGUGGAAAGGACAAGGACCACAGAAGGAGAAGCUAGUUCUUCUAGCAGUGAUGCAACACAAACUGAGGGAACACAGAGUGGGCCAAAUCAUCCAUCUCCAAGAGAGUACUUAGAUGUAUUAACAGAAUUACAAAGAGUGGAGUCUAGACUUCAACCAUUUAUUCAGCGUUACCAAGACAUCCUGAGCACAGCCUCUACAGCUGACUACAAUAACAAUACUGAGAGCCGUGAAGAAGACCAAAGACUUAUCAACCUGGUGGGGGAAGCACUUCGUUUGUUAGGUAAUACUUUUGUGGCUCUGUCAGACCUGCGGUGUAAUCUGUCUAGUGCUACCCCACGUCAUUUACAUGUGGUGAGGCCCAUGUCCCAUUAUGCCUCCCCUGUAGUCCUUCAGCAGGCUGCUAUUCCAAUCCAGCAGAUCAAUGUUGGAACCACUGUCACUAUGACAGCCAAUGGAGGUCGGUUUGCUCAUACUGCAGGAACUGAAACAGAAACAACUCCGACACAGCAGUCACAGACUUCAACACUUGGAGAAACACAGAGCAGACCUCCAGAAGGACAAGCCCAAACACAAAGUCAGACAGUGCCUCCAGUGAUACCACAGGUGUCCCAGACUGGCCACCCACGUAUGAUCCGAAUCACCCAUCAAACAGUGGAACCUGUUGUUAUGAUGCAGAUGAACAUACAAGAUUCCACCUUACACUCGAGUGGUACAGGAAGUAACACCUCUGCUGGCACAGGACAAGGGGCAGGUGGAGUACCACCAGUGCAGAUUCCUGGACUUCCUCCAGAGUUUUUGCAGGCCAUAAUGCACCAGAUAUCUCAGCAGGCUAUGACAGCUGCAGCAGCAACAAAUUCUUCAGCUUCCCAGGUGCCAGGAUUUCAGCCUCAGCCAGCUCGGGUAGUCAUCACAAGACCACCUCCUCCAGGAGCCAGACAUCCAGGAGGAUCAACACAGCCAGGAGUACAGACUGGUGCUGGGCCAAAUGCUUCCUUAGCUCAGAUGAUCAGUGGUUUGGUUGGCCAACUUCUUAUGCAGCCAGUUGUUGUGGCUCAAGGAGGAAGCACAACUGCUAGCACCAGUGCAACUGCUACUUCAACUUCUUCCAGUACUGCUUCUCCUAUCACCACCACAGCAGCUACUACUGCAGCUACGACCACCACUGGGACAACCACUUCCAGCACAACUCCUACUAGUGGUCCUGCCCCAGAGGUUCCACAUUCUGUGCCAACAGAUGCCCAGUUCUCACAGUUGCUUGGGAAUAUACUUGGUGCUGCUACAUCUGGUAUAGCCAGUGUGGCCGCCCCUACCAUUACUGUAGCAAUGCCAGCAGUUCCUGCCUUCAUUCAGGGGAUGAAUGAGUUCUUGCAGGCUACACAGGGAGCUGCAGGACAUCAGGUCAACACACAGUCAACCCAAGAGCAUGCUGAAGCACAGACUCCUCUCCAAACAGACACACAUGCGGGAGGUGAAAGGGAAGAAAGCAGGCCUCCAGGCAGUGGUGCUACCAGUGAUUCACUUACUCCAGAGUUCUUCACUAGUGUGGUACAGGGCGUUCUGUCUUCUGUGAUGGGUACUUUGAAUGCUCAACAGGGCAGCACAGAAAGCAUUGCCAGUUUCAUACAAAGACUAAGUGGGGCCAGCAGUAUCUUUGAACCAGGUUCAAGUGGAGCUCUAGGAUUCUUUGGAGAUCUUUUGUUGUUGAUUUGCCAGAAUUUUUCAUUGGUUGAUAUGGUGAUGUUACUGCAUGGGCAGUUCCAGCCACUACAGAGAAUCCAGCCACAGUUGAACCGCUUCUUCCAAGAGCAGUACUUAAACAACCGGGAGCCUACUGAGCAGAACAUUAGGAAUGCAACAAAUAAUUUGAUAAAUGGAUUGGAGGACUACAUCAGAGAAAGCUUUGCAUUUGCAAAUGUUCGAGACGGAGUGAACAUUACUCGUACGAACCUAGACUUUUUGAGGGAGUUAUUUAAUAGAAUUGCUUCUCAUAUUCUGCAUUGCACAGAUUCUACUUUUGGCCUUGGAUUAUUAGAGUUGUGCAACCGUGGACUGUUUGAGUGUUUAGCCCUAAACCUGUACUGCCUAAGAGGGGAACAAAAUGAACUUAUGAGCGUUAUCAAUGAGAGAAUUCGACUCAUGUCAGUGGAUGUAAACCCUACUCUUGUGAACUGGCUUACCACAGUGAUGGGAAUAAGACUUCGGGUCAUACUUGAGCACAUGCCUGUUACAGAGCAGCAGAUACUGCAUUACGUCAGAAGGGAAUCCGAACAGCAGCAGGAUGUUCAAGAUGAGCCAAUGGAUGAACAACCAGCUGAACAAGAGCCUGAAGAAAUGCAGAGGGAUAAUGCUUCAGCUUCUCCAACCCCAGCUACUACAGCAGAGGAAGUAAUGGCAUCAGUAGAACAGCCUACUUCCAUGGACUUGGACAGAGUACAGAGAGACGAGCCUGAUGUGGAGCCAUGGGCUGCUGCAGUACCACCAGAGUGGGUACCAAUCAUCCGACAGGAUAUUCAGACUCAGAGAAAGAUGAAACCACAGGGUCCAUUCAGUGAUGCGUACCUGAACGGGAUGCCAGCUAAACGUAGGAAGAAGAUGCAGAGUGAUGGGCUUCAGUUGUCCCUUACAGAAGCAGUAAAUAAAGCGGCAAGAACCGUAGGAGUGAAGCCAGUAACAAGUGCAGAAGGUCUUAACUCUGAUCUGGAGAGGCCUGUUGUACAGGAGACUUACCGACAGCAGGUUAAGUUGGACAUACAGAAGAAGAUCAAGGAAGAUCCUGACUACAGUGCACAGAGAUUUCCUAACACGCAUAGAGUCUUUGAGCAAAAUUCUUAGCAUCACCCCACCCCUACACAGAGUUUUAUGACUUUAAGCCUACAGUAUCUGCUUUGGACUUGAAACCUGAAGGAAGUGUGAUGGUUGGAGAAACAAGUUGUUCCUUUUAUGCUGUAUUUAUGAAUGUACACAUUAACAUGAUACAAAAUUGGCAGUGGUGCAUCCGCCAAGUUUACUUGCAGAAAAAAAACUGUAAUCCUUCUCUCUAACCUCACCUUUGCUUUGGUAUGACUAGUUUAAAAACAGUGAGUUGCUGGUUAUCAAACAGCAUAAUACCCUUAGAUGUUGCAUGGUGCCUGCACCUUUUCACUGGAAGUCUACACAGAUAAAAUUAUGAUAUUGUAUUUUGCAAAAACUUUAUAGCUGCUUGACUGUUUUCAGCAUCCAAAUACUACUACUGUUUGUCUCAGCAAUGGGAAAUCAUUUUGGAAUGUUUGCUGAGGCAUAAUUGCAGCUUUGCUGCAAAAAAAAAAAGUUCCGCCCAGAAAAUGAGAAGUCAGGGUAACGAAACUGCUGUGCAUCUACAUCCCACUCUUGACUAAUGGUUUUUCAGCCCACACACUGCUGAUGUGUCAUACUUCAGCUCCCAUUUGAUUGAACUUUUACUUAUUCUCCUUUCAACCCAUGAGCUUUGUAACUAUGAACAACAUUAAGAUUGCUGAUUAUGAAAUUUUGCUGGUUUCUGUAAAUAAACUAUCAGGAGUUGGAGUGCAAGUGCCAUAUGUUACAGUUAGUCUUUGGUUUCAGAAAUGUUUUAUAAUUUGAAAUUUUUUUUUUUUUUGCUGAAAUUUUGGAAAUACCAUCAAGGAAUUAAUCUGAAGGCUUUUGUUGAACUCUUUUGGCUUUUUUAUUGUCAGUUUUCAGUGAGGUCAUUACUUUUGGUAAUUAUUGCUUCAUGUUCAAGGGAAAGAGUACUGCUCUUCUUUAUUCUCCGUUUUUUUUGUCCCCUGCUUUUACAGGGAGUAUUUUGCUCACUUAGAAAAUUGCUUAGCUUUACUGAAAUUUUGACUUUGUUGCUGUUUUUCUUGUUGUCAAAUAAGUCGUCGUCCUUUCCUAUACAUUGCCAUUGAAACAAUUAUCCACAUUUUGUUUAAGAUUAGUGCCUAGGCCAUUGUUUUACAAGUAAUGUGUGGCAUUAAACACCUUUUCAAGACAGAUUCCUAUCAACAGCUUCAUGCAAGAAGUCUAGACAAAUCUAAAAAUAAUUCAAGGGUGCAAAAGCCUAAAAUCAGAGACUGAUUUUAAUUAUUGCUGUUAUAAACUUUGAGAGUUGGUAGAAUAACAGGUUUGCAUUACUGUGCAUUUUCUGAAUGAAACUGAAACUUAAACAUUUGACAUUAUUUAGUGACUUUAAUCCUCAGUAAUUUGCCAGAAAGUCACAGAUGUUAUGAGGAAUAGACCAAGAAUAUGAGGCAAAACUCUAGACAGUUGAAAGGUAUGAGAUGAGCUAUUUAUGUGUAUAUGCUGGGCUUGGACCACAAACAUUACAAGUUUCACAAAAAAAAAAAAAAUCCAGGAUGAUGUAAAGAAGGAGAUGACUAUUUUCAUUUCUUCCCAUAUUGAAAGAAGAAAGAGAUGCGAUGCAUGUUAAUGGAUAGUUAUUGCAGGAACAAUGUACCAUCAUCAUCAGAAUAAAAGUAUGUCAGUUCUA